AUGAUUAAUAUUCACUUCACUAAUCAUAAUCGAAACUAUCUCACACAAUUGCCACAAAGUUUCAAUUUGAACGAUCUUCAACGACUGAUCAUUCGUUAUUUCAAAAACCCCUUUCGUUAUCGUUUCAUUAUUGCCGGUAAAGAACUUGAUCUUUUCAAUAAUGAAUCAUUUGUUCAUUAUCAAUCUUUAUUUCAUAAUGGUACCAAUAUUCUUGUUCUCGAACGAAUUCUUGGAGGAGGUUAUGUUGAAAUAGAAAUUUUGACAAAUAUUAUUUUGUCUGAUCUUGAACAAGCUCUACAACAAAUUGCUACAAUAAACGAUCCUGAGCGACUAUGUCAAAUUUGUCGCGAAAAUACGUAUACAAUGAAAUUAUGCUGCAAUCGCAUUUGUAAAGUUUGUUUUGGAAAUUAUUUUGUAUUUUCAAAUUUUCAGCUCAAAUGCAUGACUUGCCAUCAAAAAUUACCUUAUGAUCGAUUUUUUCUUACGCCAGAUUUUAUUCGUUGUCUUGAAUCACUUACUGAUAUUUAUGAAUUGAUGAGAAAUAUUGAUUGUCAAAUAUGUCGUUGUGGAUCAUUGUUAGUAAACGAAACAUUAUAUUCUCAACAAACAUGUACAUAUUGUCAACGUACUUUUUGUUUCUUCUGUAACAAGGAUUGGAAUGAAGGAUCGAUUACACGUAAGAAUAAUCAAUAUUAUUGUGGUUCUAAUUGUGAUUAUGCAACAAAAUUGUCCUAUGAACCUGUCCCACUUCAAUGUAAUAACAAUGUACUUGUUCCUAAUCGUCGUUUCUGUCCAUUUUGUUUUACAUUAGGAUCGUACGAUAAGAAAUGCAAAUAUCAUACUUGUCCGACAUGUUUACGUUCAUUUUGUUUCAUUUGCUUGGAAGAAGAAGAAACAUGUAAAACCAAAUAUGAAUCGAAUUAUCAACAUAAAUGUACAGAUGUCAAGAAACAAAACUAUUCAGACUUUCCGACAAUUAUCAAACAUUGA